CUCGCCUGCACAGCCUCGCGAUACUUGAGUGUAUGUUUUAAAAUGGCUACAAUGUAGUCGGGUGGUGUUGCGAACGUCAUCCUGUGACAGUGCCGUCCCUGUGGAAGGGCUGGUGCCGGAAUUCCUGCCCGGAUCCAUGACAGAACCAUCAGGACAAGUUCCUUUCUUUGGAGUCUGGUGUCAGAUCCUCCUCAUUUGAGUCGCCGUCUUACGAUGAGCCCAGUCCCAGCCCUGGCAGAAUCAUGUCUCUCAGUACGGAGCCAGAAAAGGGAGUGGUAGCCACCACCCAGUCACUGGAGGGGAAAGUGUAUAAAUGUUGUGCAAAAGACUGCAAUGAAUCUUUCUCAACAAUGCAUCACCUGAUGAAUCAUAUGAAAGUACAUCAUAAACCUAACCGAUACUUCAAAUGUCCGACGUGUAAAGUACGAUUUCAAAAACCUCAGUCUUUUUUCAAACAUCUGCAAGUGUGCAGCAAUGAAAUGAAUGCUCUGGUGGAGAAGCAGUGUCCUAGCCCUUUGUCUGCAAGUGAAUCGGAUGUACAAGUUAAACAAGCAGCCCCUGUGGAGCCGGUGAAAUUUCAAAGUGUUAUCAGGCAGCUGGAAAAGGAUGGCAAUGUGGACAUUGUUAGUACGGCCCCUAGUUCAAAACCAGUCACCCUACUCCCAAGUACCUUACCAAGUCUGCACACUUCAGUAAAUACAAUGCCAUUAGUUUCUGCAACCCCACAUCCAUUUUCAUUGCUGGAACCGUCACUGUUUGCCACACCCAGCCUAAGAUUUCCUAGCCAGGGGCACGCUCCAGUGCCUGGCCCCUUCAUUCCAUACAUACACCCUGCACCUUAUGGCCUCCCUCAAAGUGCCACGCAGCCACGUCUUAGAUCUUACGUUCCCUCCGAGAGUCUACCAUUCUCCAAUGCAGUCUGGAGGAAGACCACUGCUCAAUCAGCCAAUAGCAGGAUUGUGUGGGAACACACCAGGGGUCGAUAUAACUGUAUGCAGUGUCCAUACUCCAGUGAGUCACGAGAAGAAAUGACCUUGCAUGUUCAAGAGCAUAACAAAAUCCUCAGCAGCAGAUUAACGAAUGAGAUGGGCAUGUUCAUAAAUCCUGGUGACAACUAUGGUGCAUUGUCAAUGCAAUUCAGUGAGUCUUUGUUAACUUAAGUUACCCUGGGCCGCAGCCUGUAUCUAGAAAGGCAGACACUGAUAUUUCAUGCUUCACAGUUGAGAGUUCAGCAGUGUGUAUUGUGAUUGUUGGUGAAUUUGGGCCCAGUGAUUUUCUUUUUUUUCUCCCCUCUUUUUCUGUUAGAAGUUGUCACAAAAGUAUAAAGGCAAGCUUGCACAAAAGAAACAACCAUUUGUAUUUGACGUUAAGAUAUGUUGCUAAACGAUACUCUGAUUCCGAAGUCAAUAGUAUUUUUAUUUCAGCGAGUAACAUGUUGUGGAGACUUUUCUCCUUUCAAGGAUAUGGGCUCCAUGCUGUAUGAUUGCAUGGUGCCCUCUACAGCAGUUCGCAGACUCCUUGUUAUUCAUUUGCCUAACUACUUGACCACAUCUCAUUCUGCUUUCACGCGUGAUUAAUUCCAGCAGAGGUAACUGGACCAUUGGCAGUUUACUUUUCUAAUCCAGGAUACCACAGCCAGUUGCAGCCCUUCUAUAAAUCUAAGAAUCAAGCCUAGGUUCGAUUCAGCUGCUCUCGGUCAACCAGUUAUGCUGCUGAGGAUAUGUCUGGUCAGGAUUCUGCACCAAGGAUGUCAAAUCCAAUGGAAAUACACUUCGCUGGUACUUUGCUCUCCCUAUUCAUUUCUGGGCUAAAAGUCAUUGGGUUGAUUUUUAUGGCUUUUGUUUUAAUGAGAGCCCCAUGUACUAUUGCUAUGCUUUUUCCUUGUUUAAUCAGAAUUCCAUUUUCUUCAAUUGUCUUUUGAAAGCUAAACAUUUUAUUGACCAAGAAUUUUAGUUUUCUGUAGUUAUGGAUCUCAUCCAUAAGUUGACUGCCCUUAACUAGAUAACACAACACUAUAGAGAUCCCAAUCCAACAAUGGCUGUGUCCUUCUUCGCAAUAUCUUCAGGCUGUCAGACUUGCUAUUUGCACACCUGUUUUGAUGUAGAUGAUUCCACUGAAGUAUUUCUUGCCAGUUCCUUCAGAGUUGUGCUAAUUCUAGUACUGGAAGAUACUAGUACUACUGUUAAUAAAACAUGUUACCAAUAAGUACUGUACAGUGUGAAGCCUCUCUUUGGAAAGUUUCAUACUUCCAAUAUGGAAUUUCCAUUGGUUCUUUUGUGUAUGUGUCCUAAUGCUAUUUUGGCUGUGUCAUACACAAGUUUGGCACCAAAUAUUGUCAAAUAUCUUUCCUCUUUUGGUGUUUUCUACAAAUGCUCAAAACAGAUAAUAUGAUGCAUGUCCCAGCACUAUAAAUAUUUUCCUUCCAUUGCAUACUAUGUGCCUGGAUGCUCUCUAUCUUAUUGUUUAAACACUGGGAUCUUAAGUUUGGUUGUGGGACAGAGUAUACAAAUUGAAAGACCUUCAUUCAGUUCCCCCCCCUCACUAGUCACGGGUGAAUGGGAUCAGAAUUUCCUGAGUCACUGUCAGAUGCUACUGUUCAUGUGAAGAUGGUUCACUUGACGGUAAGUGUCAAAAUAUUAACCAGAAAUAAAUCUAUCAAAUGACCCAUUUUUCAGUUUUGCAAUCUCUGGUGGGUUGCAUCCACUUACUGUUUUUUUUGUGUUGGUGACAUAAUGGAAUGAGGCAGCACACAAGUUCAAAAUUGCUAAUUCUCCAUAGUUGCUCCAGUAUAUAUUGGGUCAGGGCUCUACCAAUGUGAUUGCUGUAAGUGUGAUUAUGCACAAAACAUCUUGAAGAUGGUGAGGUGUUUUUUUUUCAUUUUGGCCAAUACUGCUACAAUUUACUGUUGGAUCACCCAUCACUAGAUCUUCAAAGAUGUUCUUUCUUGUUGUGCUAAGCUUGGUUUGGAUAUUUUGGGUUAGCAGUGGAACCAGUUAUUUAACUGGGGUGGUAUCCCUUGAUCCUUGAAUUAUGCUGAAAUAGCUGUUAGGUGUAUCCGUCCAGGCAGACAGAUGAAGGGUCUCGACCUGAAAUGUCAACUGUCCAUUUCCCUCCAUAGAUGCUGCCUGACCCACUGAGUUCCUCCAGCUUUUUGUGUGUGUAUCAAUCCAGGCACAUCCUUCUGGAAUCAUGUGCAAUGCCUUUGCACACUACCUAAAUUUUGACAGUAAGCGGAGUGUGUGUUAAUUUGUUAAGAUGCAAAAAUUUAUUUUUCUGAAUUAAAGAAAUAGAAUGAAAGGAAAAACUCCUCCUUUUUUGUCAAGAGCCAAAAUUUAGUUGUAUUUCUCCUCUCUCCCCCAACGCAUUUGUUGGUCCUUCCUGACCAGGAUAACGUUGUUAGAAGUUCUUCCUCCAGGACUAGUUACGCAGAUAGAUGAAACCUUUCAUUCUAAGGUGGAAAUUACUUUACAGAGGUCAGGAUCAGUGACAAGUGUACCGUGCAGUUUUGUCGUAUUGCAGAUUAAGUAAUUUUUUUAAACCAGUUUCUUGAUUUUACUCAGCCAGUUAUGAAAUUCCAAUUCCCAGAUAUAUUUGAAUUUGAAUCUAAUUGUUUACUAGGAAUACAAGAAUUCAAGCCCAUCGCCAGCAUUUGUCUUUGGAUUUUUUUUCCAUCUGUGCACAUUGAAGAGAGAGAUUUGGUGUUGGAUUAUGUCCCUCCAUAGGAGACCAGAAUAGAUUUAAUUAUAAAGGUUGUUUUGCUUUUAUUGUAUCCUAUACAGUUUACUGAAGAUUUUAAACAAAACUACAAAUUGAGAAAAUGCCACUGACCAGUACUCUGUGGAGAUUAGUCAGUCUAUCCCUUUUCAGUCUUUGAUGUUUUAAUGCUAAUCAGAGACCUCCUUUGAUAAUCAGAAUUUUAAACUAACAAAUGCAGUGCAAGUUAACAAGUUACCAAUCAAGUGUAGACCAACUUCACCUGUUUCCUUUUCACUGAGAUGCAAUAUAUUAAAUUUCACUUGGAUUUUUUUUAAAUGCAGUUGUGGUUAAUUGAAGAGUCAAAUAUUAAUUUUCACCCUAGACUCAAAGUUGCAAAAUCAACCACAUUGACUGCAGUUUAAAUAUGUACAGAGAGAUAAGAUAAACAGAUCUUGAAAGCUGUCUUAUCAAUGCUAUGUUGAGAGUCUGGAGAAGAGAAGCACGCAUUUUGAGAGUUUUUUUUAUAAAGACAAAACAACCAGAACUUCUAACUCUUAACACAAUGUUGAUAUGAUUAUACAGUUCUUGUCUGCAAUACAUGUAUGAACUGAUCCCCCUCUAAUGUACCCAUAUGGUUAAUAAAGUAAAUUUCAUAAGUAUUUGCCAAAUUAUUUUUUUAAUAUCUACAGAGAUUCAUUUAAUGUUUUGCACAUGCAGAAUUUGAUAACAGAAGGAUGCUUUUGUAGAGCGUUUGUGAUUUAGCUUGCCCUUUUUAGCUUGAUACUUCUAAAGAGUUGCAUACUGUACAAAUUUACCAAGAUUUGUUGACUAACUUGCAAAAUUUGCUUUGACCUCCAAUCAGAGAAAUCUUCUUAGUAUGCUUUGUUAUCCUCCUAUUUAGGGUGUAUUACAAUAAUUGUUCUUCAAGUAAUUUUUGAAAGGUGUAGGGUUGGAAAUUGCCUCAUCCCCAAAAGGCAUUUGGCACAACAUUCAGUGCACUUUUCUAAUUGUUUCAUUGGAACCUAAGUUAGAAUUUUGGGUUUUUUUUCUGUUUGCUAGUGUCUUCUGUUUUUGGAUCGUGAUUCAAUUAUGGGUAAUCUCAACUGACAUGUCUUAUAAUGGCAAAGGAGGGCAUUUGGCCCAUUAAAUUCAUGGCAACUCCCAAGGGAGCAAUCCCUUUGCGUUCAUUAACCCCCUCUUAUUCCCCUGUACCCUGCAACUUGUUCUCUGUCUCACAUGCCCAUCAACUCCCCUUUAAUUCUUUUCCCCACUAACCCACACCAGAGGAUAAUUUGCAAUAGCCAAUUAACCUACAAAUCCCUUCUUGGGAUGUAGAAGGAAACCAGAGCACCUGGAGGAAAUCCACACUGUUACAGAUUGCAUAAAAUCUGCAUACUCAGUGUCCGGGUAGCUCCAUCCCAAAGAACCUCCGAUUGGAAUUCAAUCCAUUAGCCCCUUUUUUAAGGAGUUAACACACAUGAUUUGUGACAUUGGUUCACUCUAUUUCUGUAUUGAGUCCCAUUUGUAUAUUUGCUUACCAUUCACUCUUCAGCUUCUGAUGAUUUACAUUGAAAUGUUAGUUCAUAUUUUUCCUCAUUUACAUCUGGUGAUAGGUUUGCUGUGCAUGUCCAACAUUUUCUUCGUGACCUCCUUCUCUUGUGACUCAAUUAUUACUUCAGAAAAUAACUGUAAACCUCAAACUCAUUACGUCCAUACUGCCACAAUGAAUUUUGGACUUAUCUUUGGGAUAAUUUGCCCUGUAUUUUGUUGCAACCUUCUUACUGGUGCACCCUUUGCUUGUAGGCUCUACUUUUAUUUCUUAAAAUAUUCAAGCACAGUUUCUCUGGAUACCUUUUUGGGUAAAUUUGUAUGUAGUAAGAGAUUUUUUUCCUUCCUUGCUGAAAGGUUAGAAAUUAACCUAAUUUUCACUUGUAGGCUUUGCACCAGCCAGUUUACUCUAUACUCCUGUUUCAAAUAAGCUCUUCAUUCUUGAUUUGUUUUCUCCAGUCAGACAACUUGACCCUUCUUUCACACCUUGUCAAUAGCAGCACAGAGUGAGUCAGUGAACUACAAGCGGGGACUUCAGGGGUGUAUUUUUUAAACCAGUGUUUACUGAGUUACCUGCCAAAGCUGGAAGCGGAACUAUUUUUAAAAGUGUGUCAAUAACAAAGGUCUGAAUUCCUUUUGGCAGAAAUCCAGGCAGUCCUUAGGGGAAAAUUUUGUCCAAAGCUACUUAGUUUUCGUAAGUCUAGAAGUUGUGGUGGAAAACCAUUUGAUUUAGUUUGUGACUUCACAUAUGCAAAUUAAAGAAUGAGAUAUUAAGCUAUUUUAUGCUGUUGCAGGUUUCUGUCUGUGCUGUCCUUAGGCCAUUAAUCUUGCUGUUAUUCUUCAGUCAUCAGAAGGGCCCUGUGGGAUUAUUGUGUUGUUCACAGUACAGCAGCAGUGUUGUUUUGGAGCCAUUAUUUGUGUGAAAUUUCAUCAGUUCACAUAAAAUCUUUACAUCUAUUGUUUGGUGUAAAUCAAGCUUGUGCAGGAUAACUCGUUUAAUGUUUGGUUUUAAAAUAAUAAUCCUCUUCUGUGUGAGUCCCUCUAUUUGCUAGGAGAGUGAGAGAGGAACAUAACCAGCUGAGAUAUCCAGCAGUAGAGUUUUGAAUUGUUGCUAAACCCAGGGUUAAAAUUGGUGCUGGAACCCAAUUUCAUCAGAUCCCCGAUCUGCCUGUUUAAAGGGUGGUCUGUAGCUCCGAGCAGGUGCUUGCUUUUGGAGCUUGUGCAGUGCAUGUUACAAGGAAAGACUGAUCUAGUCGGGUACUGGUAUGACUUUUAACCUACCUGACUUCAUCCAUGAGUUUAAAAUUCCAACAAUGGUUCAGAAAUCCUUCUCUCAUUGUUGUGGUUUAUUUUGCAUUUUUUUUGAAGGACUUAAAUAUUUUAGAAAAUGAAAACACAAUUGCUCAACUGGUUUGGCCCUGUUUAAUUUAUGAGUAAGUAGGCUAUGUCAAUGUCCCUCUUUCAAGCUUGCCAAAAAUGUGGAAAAACAACUUCAGAUUAGAACCGAUACUCCCAUACCACACUCCUAACUUUAGCUGCUCUAAAUAGAUACAGUAUCAACGUGAUUCAAUGGCUUUGGUUUGCACAAUGCUGUGUCAAAAGCUUAAAUUAAUUAUAGUACAUGGGGACAGGGGAAAAUCUUAAGGAUAUGAAACAAUACAAUGUUUUAUCACAUUUAUGGGUGUUUUCCAAAAGGAACUUAACAUUUUUAGAUUAUGAUCUAAUUCUUUGCAUGUUUUGGUACUAUUUUUAUGUUCAUACUUAAAGAUAUGGUGAAAGAAAUAUAUUUCUAUGCCAGCAUGUCAAUUAUUGAAUUGAAUUUCUACUUACUGUAUAUAAUUCGCUUUGAUAUAAUAUUGUGUAGACUUACAUUUUACUUUGAAAUUUGAGUUCCAUGAUGUCACAUCUGGCUGACACUUGUAAUCCCACUGAUUAGUGGAUGUGUCGCUUAGUUCCCACAUGCACUUGUGCACUUAUGUACAGAAUUGACAUUAGUGGUAUAAAUGUAAUGUUGGACACUUUUUUUUCCUCCAAUAAAAUAUUUCAAAUGAA